AUCAAUGUAUUUUGGGACGACGGUAUGCUGGAUCACUACACCGGAGAAGGAGUAUUCGACUCCGGAAUAAACCCUGGGUUUCUGGAGGUACUCAAAAAACACCUCGAAAACUCCGAUAGGGACCAAAACAUGCUCUCCAUUCUCAAACGAGGCCCCAUUUCCCCUUUUCUUUCCUGGCUUUCUUCCAGUGCUGCCACCGUCACCGAAAUACUCUCCUUUCAUACUCAAGAAUAUAUCGAUUCCCUAAUCGAAGCGAAAAAAAAAGGUGGAAAGAUGAUCUGUAGUGCAACGUUUCUGAAUAUCGGAUCAUGGAAUGCUGCACUGCUAGCUGCCGGCACGACACUUUCAGUAAUGAAGUAUAUACUUGACGGGCACGGUAAAAUAUGUUACGCACUGGUUAGACCACCGGGUCAUCACGCUCAGCCUACUCAAGCUGAUGGCUAUUGCUUUCUAGACAACGCGGGUCUUGCGGUUCAAUACGCUUUGGAUUCGGGUUGCAAAAGGGUUGCGGUUAUUGACAUUGAUGUUCAUUACGGGAAUGGAACUGCAGAGGGAUUUUACCGUUCUGAUAAAGUUCUUACUGGAGGUAUAAACGAGCUUGGUGAGGGAGCGGGAUUUGGGUUUAAUUUAAAUGUACCUUUACCAAAUGCAACAGGGGAUAUAGGGUAUAAGUGUGCGAUGACCGAGGUCGUUGUCCCUGCUGUUAGAAAGUUUGAUCCUAAUAUGAUGGUAUUUGUUGUUGGCCAAGAUUCAAGUGCUGUAUAG